UGCUCAACAAACGCGCUUGAUGAAUAAUUCUUCCCGAUUUAUACUCGGACUGAAGCCUCGACAUCGUACCUACCAUCAGUACUUUAUCGGCGUAAAAACACAAUGGUUAACUUAUCCUCCUCCAGAUGAAUUCACCUCGGGGAAAGUCAAACCUUGUCCAUUUAGCUAGCUAACAAAGAAAACAUUUUUUGUUAGUUGUAUUUUUGUGAACAAAGACACUCCUUCAAGAAGAAGGAAAAAAAAAAUCAAAAUAGAGAUCUAGAUUGGGUGUAAAGAGUUGUGGUUAUCGUGUAAAAUGUGUGCGAAAUGUGUGAAAGAAGAGGACGAGGAGACACGUUGUGACACUGAAAAGGAAGACGAGCCCCAACGUCACAUUUUGGAGGCUGCUGGAUCACGCGCAGCAGACAUCAGCCAAAAAUGUGUUGGUCCUGAGCUGCAGGUGCGAGAUGCGCCUCACGUUAAAGAGGAGCACGAGGAGCCUGCUGUCACUGCGUUUCCAUUGAAUGUCAUUGUGAAGAGUGAAGAAGAUGACGAAGAAGAGGGUGAUGGAGACCACUGUGGAGGAUCACGAGCAGAUGGCCUCGUACCUCCACUGUCGGACAACAAAGCACCACGCUCUUCUGGCGCUGACGCUGAUAAACACGCCGAAGCUCGUGUGAGGUGUCACAAUGACAACAAACGCUGGAAAUGUUCCCAAUGUGGGAAAACAUUUUCUUCAAACUCAGGUUUAAAGGAACACGUAAGAAUACACACUGGGGAGAAACCUUUUGCCUGCUUAGUUUGCGGUAAAACGUUCACUCAGAAGGGACAUUUGGGAACGCACGCAAGAACGCACACUGGCGAAAAACCCUUUUCCUGCUCAGUGUGCGGCGUUAUAUAUGCUCGAAAGAUUCUUUUGAUCAAUCACAUGAGGACACACACUGGUGAGAAGCCUUUUUUUUGCACAGUUUGUGGUAAAAGAUUUGCUGGAAAGGAAAACUUGAGAAUACACAUGAGAACACACAGUGUAGAGAAACCUUUCGCCUGCCCAAUUUGCGAUAAAAGAUUCUCCGGAAAGGGGAACCUACAAACACACAUAAGAACACACAGCGGAGAAAAACCCUUUCCCUGCUCAGUUUGUGGUCAAAGGUUCUCUGAAAAGGGCAACUUAAGAAGACAUAGAAGAACUCAUAUUGUAGAAAAACCUUUUGCUUGUUCGGUUUGUGGUAAAAGAUUCACUCAGAAAGUACAUUUGGGAACCCAUGCAAGAAUCCACACAGGGGAGAAACCUUUUUCUUGCUCAGAUUGCGAUAAAAGCUUCACUAUAAAAAGAAGUUUAAUAAGGCACGCAAGAACACACACUGGAGAGAAACCCUUUGCCUGUUCGGUGUGUGGUAAAAGAUUCUCACUGAAGGCACAUUUAAGAGCGCACACAAGAACACACACCGGUGAAAGACCGUUUUCCUGCUUAGUUUGUGGUAAAAGUUUCUCCCAGAAGGGAAAUUUAGAAGCACACGCAAGAACACACACUGGAGAGAAGCCUUUUUCCUGUUCAGUCUGCAACUUAACUUUCAUCGAUGCGACGGGACUAGUUCAACACAUGCGAACGCACACUGGGGAGAAACCGUUUGCAUGUUCAGUUUGCGGGAAAAGCUUCUCUCAAAGACGCACUUUGACGACACACACGAGAGCACACGGGGGUGAGAAACGAUGAGACAGAAGUGUGCUGGUGAGAAUUUAAGAUUUUCCUCUCAUCCACAUAGGGUAAAAAUGAAUGGGAAAAUGCAUCUAUGUUCAUCAAACUGUGCGAGAAUAACACAAAUGUUCUCCUGAAUCAAUUGACCCCUCCGUACAGGGCACUUAACCACGCCUCCUGAAGUGACGUCACGCCACGUGCGCUCACGUAAGACAAACAGUAAAAAUGGCAAAUACAAUACAAUACAUUCUGAACUGAGAGAGACGCCAUGCUUCUGAUUACAUUCAAUCAUUCACACGUAGCAAUGUUAUGCUUGCGGAGAACGUCUCAUUCAUUUAUACGAGACGUGGAUUAAAAAUCAAAUUUAGGGCAUAUCUUCGUGCAAACACAGUCUGGUUAAGCUUCGGCAGCGAGCCGGCAAGAAAUCAAUACGUUUGUGCAGUCCGAUCAUCGCUAAAUAUCGCUCAACAAAGAAUAAGUGUGUCAAUCGUUCACACGUAGCGGUGUUGUGCUAGCGGAGAACGUCUCAUUCAUUUAUACGAGACGUGUAUUAAAAAUCAAAUAUAGGGCAUACCUUCGUGCAAACAUAUGUGUUCCGGUUUAUAUUAGAUGGAUUUAGUUGAUGAUGCGGUCUUCCACAAAGUUUGAUCCAUCGAAGGCAUUUUUCGGACUGGGUCUUCGGUUUUGGAAAGGGUACGAAUGGAACUCCACCAACUCGCCUUUCAGCAUACAUGUCGUCACUAUUAGAAAGUCCGUGACUACACCUCUUAACCAUAUUUUUUGUUAAAUAACCCAAAUACGCGAUAAAACGCAAACUAAACCUAUACUGGACCAUGCAAUGUUGUCUGAGAAAAUGGCGGGAGCAAAAAACGGGCUUUGGUUUAUGCAGAUCUCUGGCCUCUGAUUGGUCAGUGACGCGGAUUGCGCAAUAUCCACGGAGGAGUCAAUUAUGUGGCAAAAGGUACAGCAAACCGUCGACCUACUUGUUGCUGUUUCUGCAGGUUUUUUAAAUUUUACACUAAGGUAAGUCAUUAAACGUAUAAUAAGACAUAGACAUAAUAACAAUAAUUAACUGACAAAAGAGUCAUUUCAGCAUUUGUUCCACUUUUGUUUUGUUGGUACUUAAGAAUUUUGCAUUAAAGUAUAUAUAUAUAUAUCGUGUGUGUGCAUAUAUAUAUAUAUAUAUAUAUGUGUGUGUAUGUAUGUAAAUAAUAUAUGUGUGUGAGUGAGUGUGUGUGUAUCCAUGCAUUUUCUCAGCCGCUUAUACUCACAAGGGUCGCAGGAGUGCUGGAGCCUAUCCCAGCUGUCAACGGGCAGGAAGCAGGGUACACCCUAAACUGGUUGCCAGGCAAUCGCAGGCCACACCGAGACAGACAACAGUUACGCUCACAUUCACACCUAUGGGCAAUUUGGAGUGUCCAAUGAAUGCAAGUUUGGGGGGGGGGGGGGUGCGAGGAAACCACAGUGCCCGGAGAAAACCCACGCAGCCACGUGGAGCUGCAAUUCCCCGUUUUCUAUUUACAGUAAUGUGUUCACCUAUAGCAUGUUUGAAAAUGGAAACAACCAACUAUAAUUUAGAGCUACAUAUUCUUCCAACAUCCGUGUGUAGCAACCGAUUAUAAAUGUACCGUUUUGAAGCAAAUCAUAUCUUGUUAUAUGUAAAUGAAUUAGUCUGCAUAAUCUUACUGCAGUUGUCGUUUUAAUAUCGGACAUGAACUGUAUUAAUAAUCGCGACACAAAGGAUGCUAAAUGUUUUGUACCUUUUGUAAAACAGUGCACAUGG